AUGAUGCUCUAUCGAACUGGUGGACAAGGUUCCAUGCGUUACUUCUUCGUUCACGGAAACCAUGAACAUACUGCCAUUCCGAAUCUGGUGAUCGUUGAGGCAAAUAUAGUGGUUUUCAAUCGACUAGGUCGCAUCGUGUUUGGAAAUAACAAGCAAAAUUAUUCUUCGCUAUAUUGCUUCAUUAACGGAGUGUGUACACAGGUCAAUGGGAAAGAUGAUACUGUUAUUCCGGCGCGUGAGCUUACUGAGAGACUUCUCAGAAAUGCCUCUAUACCCACACUGAUCAUAGCUGAGAUCCCUGCCUGUCAGGGUGGCAUCUUCCAAAGUCUGCAAGAUGAAUAUCUCUACCUGGCGGUAUUGGUAUAUGGAAGGGAUGAUCUGAAGCCGUGCGAUUACGAUGAUAGAAAUUAUUUGGCUACAGCACUGAGGGGCUUUAUACCAUAUUUUGUGGAGUCAAUCUCCCUCAAAAGCGAUAACUACCUUCCAGGCGAUGCGCAAACUCUGUGCAGAGAAAUUGCAAGUUAUUUGGCUACAAAAGAAGACGUGAUGAAAGCCUUUACUGAAUUCAUUCAAAUGUACCGAAAACGCUACCUCAGCAAUGCCCCGGUACAAAGAGCGGCUGUGCUUGAGACUUGCUUGCUUCAUAUUCUCAAAAUGCCUUUCGACCUGGAAUCUUCAAUCCGGCAUGGCUUGUUGAUGCCUUAA